AUGAGCGUCAAUCAAUAUAAGGGAACCCUCGUUGAAAUUGACUGUUCCGUGUUGGGAGUCUAUCAGGGUAUAAUCCAGACAGUCAACGAGGACGAUCAGUCAGUCAGCAUCUCGAAAGCUUCCAAAAAUGGAAAAAAAUUACUCUAUCCCGAUGUUGUUAUCGCGGCUGCUGAUAUCGCCGAUAUCAGGUUCCUAAACCAACUGUCGGUUUCGCCUAUCCUCAAGGAAAGGAAUCAUUCGAAUGGUAAUCGAUCCUCGCCGAAAACCCCGAAAUUGGAAAAGGAAUCACAAAAGCAGAGGACAAGAACGUUUUCGAGCUCGUUAAGCACUUCACGGGCUCACAGAGAUAAGGAGUGCUUCGGCAUCGACAGUGAUCAGGUGUCGCUGCAGGAGGACUUUGACUUCGAGAAAAAUCUCGGACUGUUCAACAAGGAGAAAGUCUUUGCCGAAAUAAACAAAACUUGCGACCCGAAUGUCGUGCGUCUCGCAGACUCGAAUAUUCGCAAGGAGAAGAAGUACCGACAUGACGAGAAUGUUCUCACCAACUCCGACAAGAUUGUUCAACGAGAGGAGAAGCGAUCCGUCUGGUUCUCUGUCGUACCGUCUGGAACGAAAGUCCCUGCUGUCACGCGAUCCGCUCGAGACAAGAUCCUUCAGGAAGCUACGAAAUUGGGUAUUUCUAGCGAUUCUCUCCGCGAAGCUAUGUCAAGAGACAUCUGCAGCGUGAUCCUUCAACAAAACAAUCGGAAUUCCGUCGUAUUCGUACUAUCUCCUGAAACACUGUCUGGACCAAUGAACAUUUCCCUGUGCGGCAUUACGGCUGCUCGACAGCUCGCUGGAAAAGUCAAGAAAGUGUACAUAAUGACGAAUCGCACUGUGAGAGACGACGACGUCGUCUUCCGCUCUGAACUCGAACUCUGUGAGAUGGCCGGUGUGAAAAUAGUGGACGGGUCGAAGAUGCUGGACAUCCCAGUGGAUUUAGUUGUGGGCUGCACCCUCCACCCCUAUCUGGACCAGUGUGCGAAAUGGCCGUCAACAAGUGUGUUCCUCGUGGAUCCUCCGUUCUACUCAGCGAAUUUAGCCAACUUCGUCCUAUUCCCUCUCCUGCCGCUACUAUCCUCCGUCCCGGUCGAAAACGACGCCGCGUGCAAGAUGUACAUUGGAGAUCUCGGCAUACCGGCGAAACUUUACGAAAAGGUCUAUGUGACUGCCGAAGGUCUCUACCCUCAGGACGGUUUCGUCGCCAGAAUCAGACGCGCCUAGAACACAGCGAACCGGUCCCCGCCGGUUUCGACGUGGCGUGAUCGUCUCCUACCUGACGUCAAGCGAAACUCUGUGACUCUGAGAAGCGGCUAGGUAUACACAGAGGAGGGACGGAGUGAUAAUAAUCAUCGGAAACGGACGAUUUCUCAACGGUUAUCGUCAAUACUAUUCAAGACAUUGGAAGGAACGGAGCGGUUCAUCGGGAAGCGAUCUCAAAUUUUCGAAUUCGAACUCAUUUUCGACCGAAGAGAAAUUCCCAUUCUUUCCGUGGUACGGAAGCAAUCGUCGGAACGAAAAAGCUUAGGAGGAAGCUAGUGAUAUGAUCGAGGGAGACCGAGAGACGGGACAAAGAUCGGUCUUAUAUGUUGCGAAAGUAGAGCCCCAGUGACCGGUGGAGGGGUGUAGCGCCGGGAAAAAUUCGUGGAUUACUCGCGUAUUUUCUGCUCGACCGGCCGUCGAUUUUCUCCGACAGACCACAGAGUUUCUUUACUUAGUUGAUUGGACAUAAUGUGACUGUUACAGAUGAAAUCAUAGUUACGUAGAUCGAUGGAGGAAAUCGAAGGAGCGAUGAGAUCGAUCUACCGACUCUUGGAGUAAGCGAGUGAUCGAUGUAUCGAGCGAUGACUGAAUACUUUUGGCUCGCGUCGCCUAACGUAUCCUGGUUUCGUCACUCUUGUGGCGAUUCUAGAGAGAAACUCGGAAGCUGUUCCGCUUGUAAAUCGUGUACAGGCUCCCUGUAAAAAAGAUCAUUUAUCUAGAUAGGUUUACUCUUCACAACAGACUCAAAGAAGAGGGAAAGGAACGAUGCGGCUCUGACGUUACACCUGAUCAAGCUUUCAAAUCGGAAGCAACGAUCGGGCGCGCAAUCACCCAAUCAGCGAGUGAAUUCUGUCCUGAGCCGGAGAAGUAACGACGCAUUGAGGAUUGAUGUUCUCGACCUGUCGCUCACUGUGGCUGGAGCGUGGAAUGAAGGAAAGGAUUCAACCAAGAAACGCGGACAGUGAAGCGAAAACUUCGGAUCGAAACUUUCUCGAGAAUCUUCUCGUUCUAUUCGUCUAUUCCGCAUCCUCUAUGCGCCGGGAUAUAUAUGCCGAUUCCUAAGCCAGCUCAACAUUACGAAUGCAGUCACAUUCGAAAAAACUUAUCAUGAAAGUAUGCUAUCAGACGAGGAAACUCUAUUUUCACGGACCGAUGGGAAGCUCGGUCAUUCGUCAAGCGGAAGUUGGAUGAGGGCUUUCCGGGCGGCCCCGGCGCACGAAACGCUGCAGAGGAAAGUUAUUUCGAAUGAAUUCUCGAACGAGGCUACAGACGCGCGUUGAGUGGUUAUGUGAUCGAGUGAGUGUUCGCGCUCGAUUCGGGAAGGAAAGGAACCAUCAGAUAUUGUGGCGAUAGGUUUGUUUCGGACGAAAUGUCCAGCACUGGAGGCCGUUCAUAUCUCCCGGACUUACCAGGGAAAUUCGAUCGGAAUCAUCUCGACAAGAGCUGCUGUUCAGAAAUUCUAUCGGCGGCUUCAGGUGUUGAGUACAAUGAUUCAAACAAUUUACUGGAGACCCCUAGGGUCUUCCCUCAGACAAUUCACAAUGAUUCGGAAUGAACGUUAGAAGCCAGAAGGCAGCUUCACGCGUUGAUCACAAUUCACACUGUCCCUGGGGCAGCUGUCGAGACGAUUUUUGUCCAAAAUCCGAAUGCCUUCAACAUUGGCUCCGAGGUGAGAUUCAGUCUGAAGAAGUUGAUCAAGCGAAGAUCGUCGUGAAGCGGUAGCGCCGCGUCUCAUCGAUAUGGUUCAGACCGGUCGUGGUCGGGAUCGCUGAAUCUCAUCUCGAGGUACAGGUUUCUGAGAAUUCCAGAAGUCAGACAGAAGUACCUGAAAAUUGUAACGUGUUAACACAUCAGACAAGAGAAGGAAAACUGUAUCUCUCAUCAGACCCCCAAGGGAUCCGGUCUCACGAAUUCCUUUUCCGAUUAGCAGUUUUCUUUCUCAUUGCUCAUGACAAGAUUUUCCUCAAGCAUCAAUUUGAUUCAGAUCAGGAUCUCAAAGUAAAUUCGAUACUUUAAAGUUUCGCUGAUCAGAUGAAUAAAAUUCGGAUUC